CGGAGACAAAACAAAACAAAAACAGUAAGCCCCCUUUUUUCCUUUUUAUUAUCCUCCCAAUUUUAUCCCUAAACCACCGCUUCUUUUCUCUUUCUCGUUCUUCCGGGGCUGAUCAUUUUUUCUUAUCAAAUUUGAAACUUUAACCUGUCUGUUUGCUUGAUUAUCUUCUCGGAUCAGGUAAUUCUCUGGUUCUUUUGGAUGGAGACGAAUUGCUUUGUGGGUUUCGAUUGUUACUUUUUUGUUUUUGUACGUUUAUUUUUUUAAUUUGUUGGGGUUUUAAUUUAAUCGAUUUUUUUUUUCUUUGAUCGAGGGUUUCGGUUCUUUUGGAGAAAUUGUUUUCUUGGUGAUGUGAGUGGCAUCGUUUAUAUAUCAGAAAGGGGUGAAAGAUUCCAACUUUUUAGAACCCCCACCCCCUGUUUAUGAUUUUCUUGUUCGUCUUGAUUAUGAUUGGUAACGAGUCAGUGUGCGGAGAAUUUUUGAGAAAUAGGGGAAUUUGAAUUGGUAAUAGCAGUGUUGAAGCUCUCUUUCAAAAUUUAGGGUUGGGUCUUUCGACUUUGGUGAAUCACGAUAUUGGAUCUUUGGGAACGAUGAUUGGUUUUUCGGUGUUUCUAUGAUAUUGUAGCACUUUAUUGUUUUGUUUUUUUUUGAAUUAUAUUACAUUCUGGAGGCAAGGACAUAGACCAACUAUAUCAGGGGUAUGUGGAAAAUUCUUGUGCAACAACCUAGUGCUCCUUUCUUAGUGGAAGUCAUAAAAAUUGCUAAGUUUUGAUUAAAUAUUGGAACUUAUUGGCUGUUUGUGGGUGUUAUUGAAACCUUUUGGGAGAGACCGUCUAUGAGUUUUCUGAAGAUGUAAGAUUAUGGGCAUGAUGUACAUUUGUGGAAUGAUAGAAAGCUUUUUGGUUGGACAUCAUGUCUUUUGAGCUCUUUUAUUAUGCUUCGUUUCAGUUUGCAAGGGGGAGUAGAGAAUGUUUAUCCAUUGACCAUUUCUUUAGAUAUUUAUCAACCUUUUUUUCUUUUUUGCUUCUUUCACCUUUUUAUGUUGACCUAAUUUUUCUUAGGACCUCAUAAUAUGUGAAAUUCUUAGUCUUUGUUGUAUCUAAUUUUUUAAUUUUGGACUCCAUUCCUUUUUGCUUACUUGGUUAUUUUCAAAUCUUGCAGCCAAGGUUCAUGUCUGAGCUCGAUAUCCAGAUUCCCACCACCUUUGGUAUGCUUGUAACUCAUGCCUUGCUGACAAUUUUUCCUUUAACAGUUACUUGUAUAUUUGUCUGUAAGUUGGAUUGCAUAUGUUAUGGCGGCUUUUUGUCUGCUUGGGUCAGCUUCUGCAUGAUAUGGUUAGAAGAUGUAUAGUUUUGUUAUUUAUUUUUCACUUCGAAUCAGAUGAUAUAGAUAGGAUAAUUUUCUAAUUUGUCUCUCUAGUGUUCUUUAUCUUUUGCAAACAAACCCACAUAGCAAAGGAUUAGAGUUUCUGGAUGAUUUUCUCUUACCUGGAUAUAGGGUUCUGAGAAGUUUUCCUACUUCAGUUUUAUACUUUGUUCAUUCUGGUCAUUCUCAUACUUCCAGAUAUAAAUAAUUUCUUGUUUGAACACUGAACAGCAUAUAGGAUUUCUGUAACAAGAAUUGUCAAACAUGUGAUUUAGCAUUUGUGGCUCUCUACUUUAAUGGGAAAAUAGGCUCAAUUCCUAUUGUUGGAAGUUCUGUUUUCAUUCUUUUCUUUCAUGAAUGGUGGUCAAUUGGUUUUUAUUUGGGCCUAAAGGUGCGAGACUCAAAUUUCGUUAUGAUUGGUAUUGAUUUUCUUUAACCUAGCUCUCUUCAUGAGUGCUUUUAAGGCUUACAUUUGUCAAUCUCCUGGAUCUUUUAAAGAGUGGUUGUGUGGGGUUUUUGCCUCUUUUUGACAACAUUACUUUUCAGUUCAUUCGAAUCAUUUCACAUACUUUUAGAGGAGACUUUAAUGUAAGUGUUUGCUUGUUUUGUACCCAAAUAAGGGUAAUCAUACCCAUUUACAAGAGGAGGAACUUAUAUGCUGUGCCUUUGCUAAGACUUCUAUUCAUAGUACAGCAGGUUCAAUAUAACUUAGUUAAUUUUAAAUAUUCUACUUUCAUCCCUCAUUGACAUUCAUGAACUAAGAAUAUUUCGAGAACUUAUAAUGGUUGACUGAAAUGGAUGCCUCAUGUCAUUAACGUAUUUGCGUGCGUGAUGUUGACAGAUCCAUUCGCUGAUGCCAAUGCUGAGAACUCAGGUGCUGGAACAAAGGAGUAUGUGCAUAUUCGCAUACAGCAGCGUAAUGGUAGGAAAAGCUUGACAACUGUCCAGGGGUUGAAGAAGGAGUUCAGUUAUAACAAGAUUCUCAAGGACCUCAAGAAGGAGUUCUGCUGCAAUGGUACUGUUGUCCAGGAUCCAGAACUGGGACAGGUGAUCCAACUUCAAGGCGAUCAGAGGAAGAAUGUAUCUACAUUUCUCACUCAGGUACUGUUAUGCUGCUUCUUUGGCGACUGCUGCUACUUAAUUGUGUUUUGAUGGAAAGUACUCAUUCGGGAAAUUUUUCUCUCUGUCGUUGUCAUUUAUAUCAGGCUGGCAUUGUGAAGAAGGAAAACAUUAAGAUCCAUGGUUUCUAAACCCCAUCAACAGAAUCCUAUCAAGAAAUCUCGGGUGGUUGUGGUUCUGCUGCUGCAAAGCUGGAAUUGAAUUUUACUGCUUUUGUUUCUUGAUGUACUGCGUCCUUGUGUGUCGUGUACUCUGGAUCAUUCAUAAACUUGGGUAGUGUGUUGGUUAACCUACAUCCUGUAAUUCUAUUAUUGCUGCUAGUUUUAUGUAAAAUGUGCAGACUGUUGCGCCAUUUAUUCUCUACUGUUAAACCAAAAAAGGAAGGGAAUGUACUGGAGGUCUUGCUUUCACCUUCUCCCACUUGUGUCUAGUGAGGUUACAUAUUGUGCCCAGAUGGACUUUAAUAUAGUAAUAUGCAUGAUUUUUGUUUCUUUUUGAAGCUCGUUGGUGC